GGCCAAGAAGGUCACCCCAUGGAGAGUAAGUUGGGAGGCGACAUGCCUCUCUCCGAGAUCGUGGCGGAUCCACUCUUGUUGGCAUCACGUUCAAAGGCUUGAUAGAUCCGCAACGUCAAGCUAGUGACGUUAACUUAGCGCUUGUUGGGAGGCAACCCAACGUAGGUUUGUUUUCUUUUCCUUAUUUUCGUUUUUGUAUGUCGAGUGAAGAAUUCAAGUGGUUGAGCGGUAUCCCCGUACCAAGUUUUUGUGAAUGGGUGUUUCGAGUGUGUCGUGAUUGAUAGUAGGCACGGUGGAAUAGGUAGAGUAUUUUUUUUUCAGAAGUGUCAUGUUUUCACUGAUGUUCACGAAUGGGUUGCCCUGUUCACGGUCUUACAAGAUCGUGAAAAGGCAAACGCGUCUGUGAACUAGGGCGCUUCCACGUGUGUCAAACCCAUUGGUCGACCUGUGUUCACGAACAGAUUGCAGUUUUCAUGGUCUUAACGACAGUGAACUGGCAAACCCGUCCGUGAACUACAAGGUCUGCCAAUAAAAAGAUCGUGAACGACGUUUUUCACUUCACGACCCAAAAAAUCGCAAGAAUUUUCAAAUCUUGCCAAAAAACCGCUAAAUUCCGACGAUUUUUGACCGUUUCCCUCAUUUCUGGUGAUCCAAUCCCAAAACCAAAAGGAGACCCAAUCUUCCCUCAUCCCAAGCGACCUUCGCUGAGAUUUUGGGAGGCUUUGGGCCAUUUUUUCGGUGAAGUCGCAAUCGGUGAACCUCCCACCAGAGUCCGGCGAGCUUCUGAAAAAGCUCCAACGACCCUUCUCCGGUCUAAUUUUUUGAAAAUUUUCACCUUCCUCGCCCUCACCUCACUUCCUCCUACAUCCUACUUGAGUCUUCCCAUUGGUUUUCGGCUCUAUCUUAUUACUUGUGAGAGAAUCGUAUUAGGUAGUUAAGUGAGGAGAAUUUUAGUGAAUUGAAGGUUGAACUUAGAAUUAGGGCGAGAUAUUAGGUGAAUUAUGAAUUGAAUGGUUGAAUGAUGUUGCUUGAGCUUAGUUGAGCCUUGGUGGGCACGUUUUGAUUCGAAAUGCUUUUAUUUGUGAAUUUUGCUCACCAAGUGCUAAUUUUUAAUUGAAUGAGAAAAUUUUAUGUUAGAGUGGUGGUUGGUAACCAUCGUGGCGUGUUACGGGUUUUGAUUUUUGUGUGGAUACUACGUGAAUACCUAGAACCAUGCAACGGUGUGUUUGAGCUUAAACGUUUGAAUAGCAUUGAUCUGUAGUGGAAAUAUAAGUGUGUGUGUGGGGGGGGGGGGGAUUUCCUAUUUCCUCCCAAUGAGCUGUAAUUGACAAUUAUUUCCAUGUAUGGUGCAUGUUUGUCAUUUUUUGCAGGAUGCUUAACAUGGAGCAUGAGUAGGUGGCUACUUGGUGACCCACCCACGGUUCGAGACCAAGUUUGCUUACCAGCGGGACAGCCCAAUCGGGCCACAUUGGCGGCUGGACCUUAACAUGUUUAACUUGUUCAGGUGCCGAGCCGCAAUGUCAGGGGUCGCCUCUCACCCCCAGUGGCGCCAACUGCUUUCUAUGGACGAGUUCAUCUACCACGAGCUCUGCGUGGAGUUCUACUCCACCUUCACCCACGUCAUCCCGACCAGCAAGAAGGGUCGGCCGUACGUGGAUUUUAUGCUAGGAGGUCAGCCGCGAGUUCUGGCCUAUGAUGCCUUUGCCCAGGCCAUGGGGCUCGACACAAUGUACAGGACGAUGACGGAGCGGCACUACACCGUCGACUUCCACUACCAGGCUGCAUUCACGGCCUUCAUUCGUCCGGAGCAUGAGCACGAGGAGUACGAGGCGAGCGUCACCAAUGCGGUGAAGCUGACGACUCCUUGGAGGAUCCUGCAUACAUUCCUCACCCGCUCUGUCGUCCCCAGCCAGCCUGUAGGCUGUCCACCUUAUCACGAACAGAGGGCUACUUGCUCUCUUCUCCAAGAGGAUCCAGCAUAGCCGAUCCAUCUGGGAUCACUGAUAGCCACCUCUUUCGCCCGGUGCCUGGGAAGGAACAGGGUGGACACCAUGCAUAUGGGGGGGGCAUCAUCACGAGGAUAGCCCGCCAAUUUGGAGUUGAUUUGGAGCAAUGCUCCAUCGUCGGGCGAACUGAGCCCUUCCUAGUGGCGACUCUCUACAACAUGAAACGAGUGCUUCGGGGAGAGAGGGGUUAAGUAACUAGGGGGGAUCCGACCCUCAGGACUCAUGCAUCCAGCAGUUGACCCAGCUCCAGUGGCGCCCGAUGCUGAAAUCCCACCUCCAAAGAAGCCACCUGCUCGAGCUCCCGGCCGUCGACGGCUUCCCGCGCUCCAGCGUCUAGUAGCAGCACCAUCUGGUGUCGGUCCUUCCACUUUUGGGGUACCCCUCGUGGACAGGAUGGACCGUCUCGAGACCCACGUCAUGGAAGUGACCUCUCGACUUGACUGGCAGACCGACCUGCUCGAGCGGAUCGCUCGUCGCCAAGGCCUCCUCCCAUAUGAGGAUGACGGGCCUUCGACCCGAGAGAGGUAUCCGAUGAGGGAGAUAAGUGGCAGAGCCGAUUCCUUAAGUCCCACUACUCCACUUGUAACUCUGAACUCUUUUGUUUCAUUUUUCUUUCUUUUAUUCUAUGUGUGUGAUCAUAAACUACUACUAUCGUAUUGUGAUGUGUAAUAACCUUGCUUCGAGCGAGUCAUAUUGUGUUUGUGUAUGUGUGUUUUUGUCUUCUUCUUGAAGCUUAACUCUCCUACCCGGGAAAAAUUCCAACUUUCACGCACCAAGUAAAGCGGUAUUAUACCCCUUUCUUACGCCAUUGAGGGCAAUGUCGAACUUAUGUGUGUGUGGGGGGGGGAGGGGGGGGAGUUGAUUCUUAUGCUUGUGUGAGUGUGAUUGAUGCUUGGAGCCUUGAUGUAUGCCCAAAUUUGAAAAUUUUUAGGGCUCCAAGCAAUGUUUGCAUGAUCAAAGUGGCCGGUUUAUAAGAGUAUCUGAUGUUUGUUGGCAUUAACCUUGAAUUGUUGCAUGUGAUUGAGUGUGUCCUAUGAUGAUGACUGAGAGGUGCAUUAUGAUAGUGCAAAAGUUUAGUUCCAUGUGUGCAAAAAUGAAUGGAUGUCCUGACUCGAUUACUUGUUGAUUACAAUUGCCAUGCAUUGUGUUUCGUGAAAGUGGAAUGGAUGAUUGGGUGGCUAGGUAGGCAUGUGAUUUUUGAGCCGAUCGUUUUAUUCUUGUGUGCUUAGAUCCCUCUUACCAUGGCGAGUAACAUCACAGUUGUCACUAGUGAGUAUGAAGGAGGCAUAGUAUUAGUCCACGCCCAAAUUUUGAUUGUCCCAAAAUGUUUUAUCCCCUAGUCAACCACUUUGAGCCUUGUGACUUUGGAGGUGGUUCUCAUGUUAGGAGUUUUGUGCUUGUGAGCUUAAUGGUGCUUGAUAGAGUAACCCCCAUCAUUUCUUCGAGUCUAUAUGUCUGUCGUCCUUGUGUCCCAUAGCUCUCGCUUUUGAGUUCCAUUGAGGUUCUACAUAGGAGGAUUGUGUGCGGUUCUUGCUAUGAAUGAAAGAGAAAAGAGUAGUAAUGGAGUGAGUUCUUAAAGGAGAGCAUCGGUCGUUAAAAUUAGUGUGCAAGUGCUUAACUCUCUAGUACCCCCCUCAAAAAGGAAAAAAAAAAGGAAAGUAGAAAGAAAAAGGGAACAAAAAAAGAGGUAAUAAAACGGGGUCAAUAAA